AUGUACAGAGCUCUGGGUGGAGAGUUGCGCCACACCUGGCGACUACGCGGGCGCCGCGAGGCCCCCCAGAAGGAUGCGCUCGUGGACCUUGCCCGCCGCCUGUGGCUGUGGGGUGCCGGCGAUUCCGGGGCGUCUGAAGCGGGCCCCUCCGUCACCCGUGUCGCGUUCGAUGCCAGGCAAUGGGUCCACUCCGGCCUCAGGGCUUCAUCAGGCCUUGCGUCCCCGCACCGGCCGACAGGGGGCGAGGGGAGCAACGCCGAGCUGAAGCGGGGGCCGGCGCGGCGAGGCGUCGCGGGCAGCGCCGCAUCAUUGGGGGAGCCGGCCGCGCAGCAAUCUGAAUCGGAUGCCGCUGGGGAUGGCCUGGGCAGCUCGGAGGACUGCCUCGGCGCCGAGCUGACCCCCACCGCGGUGGUCGAGCAGCUGGACAGGUUCAUCGUGGGCCAGGCGGACGCCAAGCGCUCCGUGGCGAUCGCCCUGCGCAACCGCUGGCGGCGGCACAAGAUCAGCGCGCCGCUCAACCAGGAGAUCGUGCCCAAGAACAUCCUGAUGAUCGGCCCCACAGGCUGCGGCAAGACCGAGAUCGCCCGGCGGCUGGCCAGACUGGCAAACGCGCCGUUCGUAAAGGUGGAGGCCACGAAGUUCACGGAGGUGGGGUUCCACGGGAGGGACGUGGAUCAGAUAAUCAGGGACCUGGUGGACAACGCGGUGGUGUUGAUGAAGUCCAAGCUGAGGCAGAAGCUGUCGGCGGAGGUGGCCAAAUCCGUGGAGGACAGGAUCCUGGAGAAGCUGGUGGGGCCGUCGCAGGACGACUCGCGGGACAAGAAGGCCUUUCUGGACCUGCUGAGGAAGGGCGCCUGCGACGACCAGGAGAUCGAGUUCGAGGUGCCCAGCGGCUCGGGGAGGCUGGCGAUUGACGGCCCGCUGGCCAUUGGCGCCAUGCCGGAGUUCUUCUUGAAGGUAGACAAGAUGAUCCAUGCACACAGGGCCGACAAACGCAAAAUGAAGGUCUCUGAGGUGCGGCCCAUGAUUGAGGAACAGGAAUUUGAUCGCCUUCUACCCCACGAUGUGCUGCAUCGCGAAGCCAUCAAAGCUGUAGAGCAGGAUGGGAUCGUGUUCAUUGAUGAGGUUGACAAAAUCGUUGUCAACAGGGAGCACUACCAUGGCGCAGACGCCAGCUCGGAGGGCGUCCAGCGUGACCUGCUGCCUAUCAUAGAGGGCUCGAUUGUCAACACGAAGUACGGAAACGUGAGCACAGACCACAUAUUGUUCAUCUGCAGUGGGGCCUUUCACCAAUGCAAGCCAUCAGACAUGUUAGCUGAGCUUCAAGGACGCCUGCCCAUUCGAGUCGAGUUGAAGGGACUGACGAAAAACGACUUCUACCGGAUCCUGACGGAGCCUGAAAUGAACAUGAUCAAACAGCAGAAGGCCCUGCUGGAAACGGAGGGCGUCCAGCUGCGCUUCACCGACGCGGCGAUCUGGGAGAUUGCGCGUGUGGCCGAGGAGGUGAAUCGAACGGUUCACAACAUCGGCGCUCGGCGGCUGCACACCGUCCUGGAGCGCAUCUUGGAGGACAUCAGCUUCCAGGCACCAGAGAAGGCCCAGCAGGCCAGAGAGGCAGGAAAGGAUGCCUACCAGCAUGUUGUGGAGGACCGGGACGUGACGACCUGCGUGGGCAACCUUGUGAAGAAAGUCGACCUUUCAAAAUACGUCCUGUAG